UCAAUUUCAUAUUCUACUCAUUAUCACAACCACCAUAGUCUCUUUAUAAAAGCCAUCCCCUAACACAACAGCAUCAUACGAAACACAUAAAAUCUAUACCCAGAGCCAUUUCAUACAUCUUCCACCCUAUGGCUAACCAACAAGACCCACCAAGCCACGGCAUAAAUGACCUCACAAAACAAGCACAAGUUGUUGUGGUCAUGGUGCCCCUUCCAGCACAAGGCCAUCUUAACCAGCUCCUCCAACUCUCUAGGCUCAUCCUAUCCCACAACAUCCCGGUCCACUACGUUGGCGCCACCACCCACAAUCGUCAGGCCAAGCAGCGCGUACACGGUUGGGACCCAAACGCCGCUGCAAAUAUCCAUUUCCAUGAUAUCGAAAUCCCUCCAUUUCAUUGUCCACCGCCCAAUCCAAAAGCCAAAAUCAAAUUCCCUUCUCACUUACAACCAGUCUUCAACGCCUCAUCUCAACUUACCGAGCCUGUUUCUAUGCUUUUACGAGCAUUUUCUUGCAAAGCAAGAAAGGUUAUUGUAAUUCAUGACUCUUUAAUGGGGUCUGUGAUUGAAGAAGCUCGUUUCCUCUCGAAUGCCGAGUCUUACACUUUCCAUAGUGUCUCUGCUUUUGCUACUUCCUUGUAUGAAUGGGAACGAGAAGGGAUGGUUAUAGGGGAAAAUGAGUUGUUUCCACGGGAUACUCCUUCUCUAGAAGGGUGUUUUAGCGAUGAGUUUGCGGAUUUCGUUGAUUGUCAUUAUAGUAAGUACCAAAGGUUUAACACUGGCUGUGUUUACAACACUUGCAAAUUGGUAGAACCUGCUUAUUUGGAUUUUCUUGAGAAAGAAACAAUUAAGGAAGGCAUUAAGCAUUGGGCACUAGGGCCUUUCAAUCCUGUGACAAUACCAGAAAGCUCAAAAAAACAGCAUUUUUGCUUGGAGUGGCUUGAUAAACAAGCAAAAAACACGGUAAUUUACGUGUCGUUUGGGACGACGACCACCUUCGAUGAUGAACAAAUCAAGGAGCUUGCAAUUGGGUUGAGAGAAAGCAAGAAAAAGUUCAUAUGGGUUCUAAGAGAUGGUGAUAAAGGAGAUGUUUUCACUGGAGAAGGGACAAGAGCUGAACUGCCAAAAGGGUAUGAGAAUUCAGUGGAUGGGAUAGGACUAGUGGUGAGAGACUGGGCACCCCAACUAGAGAUUUUAGCUCACCCGGCAACAGGAGGGUUUAUGAGUCAUUGUGGAUGGAAUUCUUGCAUGGAAAGCAUUAGCAUGGGAGUGCCAAUUGCAGCUUGGCCUAUGCACUCGGAUCAACCAAGAAACACAGUCCUAAUAACAGAAGUCCUCAAGAUUGGAAUUGCCGUUAAGGAUUGGGCGCGACGAGAUGAGAUUGUAACAUCAAAGAUUGUUGGAAGUGCUGUGAAUAGGCUAAUGGCAUCAACAGAAGGUGAUGAGAUGAGAAAGAGAGCAACAGAAAUGGGGGAGUCCGUGCGAGGAUCCGUGGCUGAAGGUGGAGUUUCUCGUAUGGAGAUGGAAUCCUUCAUUGCUCAUAUCACUAGGUAAUUAAUUAAAUUCAAUUAACCCUGUCUUAGUCAUCAUAAUGUGGAAUUAUCAUGGCUAUCAAAUCUGAAUUACAAUAAAAUGAAGGCAGGCAAGUCCAAGAAAUGGUGUCCUUGUACUCGUUGCAUUGUCAUGAAAUUAUAUUCUAUUGUUUUUGCUUAUAAAGGAGGAGAAGAAAA